AUUUCGCUUGUAACCGCCAUAGCCAUACUUGAAAGUAGCGUUUCCUCCCUCGGCAUGCUCGGCGUUAUUAAUAACUUUGUGGAUUCCAUGUGUUCCCUAGACAUGGAGAAUGUUCCCUGGUUUCCAAAGAAGAUCUCAGAUUUGGAUAAGUGUGCAAACAGAGUGCUGAUGUAUGGGUCUGAUUUGGACGCUGACCAUCCAGGUUUCAAAGACAAUGUCUAUCGCAAGAGGAGAAAGUAUUUUGCAGACCUGGCUAUGAACUACAAACAUGGUGACCCAAUUCCCAAGAUUGAAUUCACUGAGGAGGAGAUCAAGACUUGGGGGACUGUGUACCGAGAGCUCAACAAGCUUUACCCAACUCAUGCCUGCAGAGAGUACCUUAAAAACCUACCCUUGCUCACCAAAUACUGUGGGUACAGGGAAGACAAUAUCCCUCAGCUGGAAGAUGUGUCCCGCUUCCUGAAGGAGCGCACAGGUUUCACCAUUCGCCCUGUUGCUGGAUAUCUGUCGCCCAGAGACUUCUUGGCAGGAUUAGCAUUCAGAGUUUUUCACUGCACUCAGUAUGUUAGACACAGCUCGGACCCUCUCUAUACACCAGAGCCCGAUACCUGCCAUGAGCUCCUAGGCCAUGUCCCUCUAUUGGCUGAACCCAGUUUUGCUCAGUUCUCCCAGGAAAUUGGUCUUGCAUCACUUGGGGCAUCAGAUGAGGCUGUCCAAAAACUGGCAACAUGCUACUUCUUCACUGUAGAGUUUGGCUUGUGCAAGCAAGAGGGACAGCUACGAGUUUAUGGGGCUGGCUUGCUCUCUUCGAUUAGUGAGCUCAAGCACUCACUCUCUGGCAGUGCCAAAGUCAAGCCUUUUGAUCCAAAGGUCACCUGCAAGCAAGAAUGCCUCAUUACAACUUUCCAGGAGGUUUACUUUGUUUCUGAAAGUUUUGAAGAAGCAAAGGAAAAGAUGAGAGAGUUUGCAAAAACCAUCAAGCGCCCAUUUGGUGUGAAGUACAAUCCAUAUACUCAAAGCGUGCAGAUCCUGAAAGACACGAAGAGCAUUGCCAGUGUGGUGAAUGAGCUACGUCACGAGCUGGACAUUGUCAGCGAUGCCCUCAGCAAGAUGGGCAAGCAGCUGGAAGUUUAACACCGCUGUCAGCGGUGUGGUGCGCUCGGCAACUCUCUUAUUUUCCCCACUGAUUUCUUUCUAGGCAUGUAAUGUGUUGUAUGCAGAACUCUCCCCUUUACAAAUGGAAGAGUGAAUGGCCCAUAAGGAUAAUAACUUU